CAAUGGCAGUCGCGUUUACUGGCGGGUGCCGAGCGGAGACGGAGGUUCGGGAGGGAGAGCAAAACGGGCGGGCGAAAAAAAAAAUUAUUAAAAUAAACCACCUUUCGGGUUGACGAACCCGUUGGAGAAGGAGAACGCCGAGGCGAGGGGACGUUGUAAACGAGCGACUGACUAAACCCGCGUCGAAACGUCGUGAAGGAGGGUCGCCUUGGCGGGGGGCGGGAAAAAAAACAAAAACAAACUCGAAAAACGCGCGCGGAGGAAUAUUUAAAUUUCUUUUCCCCACCGUCCUCCAAAAAGAAAGGAAAGAAAAGUGAAGAAAACUCACGGCGAUGAGCGGCGGAGGGGGAGCUCCCGGAGCCAAACUGCCGCGUCUGGAGGCGCCAGAGCGCGGGGACCAACCGUCGACGACGACGACCAAGCUGGGCGCGCAUGCGCCGCCCGUCGCCAUGGCAACCCCGGCCGCCGCCGCCGCGGUGAUCGCGACGGCCCCGGCUCCCGUCGCCGUGGCAACCCCGGCCGCCGCCGCCGCCAGUAACGCGGGGGAGACGCAGCGCGCGCUCGAGGCGGUGGACGCGUGCCAGCGCGAGCUGGAGGCGCUGAACGAGCGCGCCAGCGAGGAGAUCCUGCAGGUGGAGCGCAAGUACGGCGGCCUGCGGCGGCCGCACUUCGAGCGCCGCAACCGGCUCAUCGAGGACAUCCCCGGCUUCUGGGUCACCGCCUUCCUCAACCAUCCGCAGCUCUCAGCUCUCAUUGAUGAGAACGACGAGGAGGUUUUCAACUACAUGAUGAGGCUGGAGGUCGAAGAAUUUGAAGACAUCAAGUCGGGCUACAGAAUUAAGUUCCAUUUCGGAGAAAACCCUUACUUUGAGAACAGCCUCAUCAUCAAAGAAUUUCACCUGGGAACCGGAGGGAAGCCUGUGUCCCAGUCCACCCCCAUCAAAUGGAAGAAGGGGAUGGACCUGACGGCGCUGAGCAAAGGCCUCGAUGAGAAAGGCCGCAAGCGAGGCCAUCGCAGCUUCUUCGCCUGGUUCACCGAGCACCGGAACCCCACCACCGAUGAGAUUGCUGAGGUUCUAAAGGACGACAUGUGGCCAAACCCGCUGCAGUACUUCCUGAUCGCUGAGAGCGAGAGUGGGGAAAAUGGGCUGGACGACAGUGACGAAGAGAAUGGGGACGACUCGGUGGUGAUUGUGGACGAGGACGACGACGAGGAGGACGACGACGACGACGUGCAGGAGAUAGUCGACGAGGACGAGGAGGAGGAGGAUGACGGGUCGGACGAUGAGGGCGACGACGACGUGCAGGAGAUUGAUGACGGGGAGGAAGUUGAAGAGGAAGGAGUCGAGGUGGAAGAGGAGGAGGAGGAGGAGGAUGGCGGACCGACGGAAGGGGGCGACGGUUAAAGUGUUUCCUCUCCUUCCACACCCCACCAGCCCCCACCCCACCCCCCCGAAACAAAGUUUGUUAAUAAAACGGGUGCAUUUGCCAGUGUGCGAGUGAGAGUGAAUGAGUGUGUGUGAAACUGAGCGAGGGAGUGAAUGUGUUUGCACCACCUUUCUGGAGCAGAUGAGCAACCCCUUGGCUAAUCAGUGCUUGGCCUAAUCCCCCUCGCUCUCCUAUUUUUAUUUCUUUAACGUCUCCUCCCAGCUCAGUUUCUCCCCUGCACCCUGGAUCACUGCUCCCCCCCUGCAGCACCACGGGGCACUGAGAUGUUUUGACCUGUGUCCCACCACCACAAUGCCGUGCUUCCCCCCCCGGUGGUGUGGUGGGUACCUAGAUUGCUCGUUGGUAGCCUCCUCUUGGGUGGGAGUCCUUUGGAGGGAGGCUGGGGUUGAGGAGAGUGAGGUGGGGGCAGGGGGAGGCUGGCCCUUUUACUCAGAAUCUGAAAGUUGUCAGCUGUAGACCGGAAGGUGAUGGGUUUGGAACCCUCCUCUCCUGGCUGACCCGUCGCUAUAACCCGCUUGUAUUUCCACAGCCCGGUACUGGCCCACGGGUUGCUCCUGUCCUGAGUGGGUGCACGUGUGCGGUUUUGUGCGUGUUUUCAUUGCAGCGUUUUUUUUUCUACAAAAUGUAUGUACGUAUGUAUAUAAAUUGACAGUAGAUAGAACUUAGAGCCUGCGUUUUCCUGCCUGUCGCCCACCCCAGCUCCCCCCCACCCCGGCCCGAUCCGGGACCCCGAGGACAGCAACAGCUCUUGGGAGGGUCGUCACUGCUACAGGCAAAUGGGAAACGGGUACAAAGGAGAUGCAGAGGGUUUGAUAGGGGGGAGGAGAAACAGUGUAGAGGGAGCUUUACUCUGUAUCUAGCCCCCUAUCCCUGGACGUUGGGGCCUGUGUAGAGGAAGCUUUACCCUGUAUCUAACCCCCCGUCCCUGGGAGUGGGGGACAGUGUGGACGGAACUUUAUCUAACCCCCUGUCCCUGGGAGCAGGGGACAGUGUAGAGGGAGCUUUACUCUGUAUCUAACCCCCUGUCGCUGGGAGUGGGGGACGGUGUAGA